AUGGCUCCAUCUCUCCCACCUCAGUAUGAAAUCCGCGUUCUUGGACCAGAACAUGAAGAAUGGGCCCGGGCAAUUUGCAUUCAUACGAAUCUAUUCCACUCCCCGCUCUGGCCGGUUGUGUAUCCCGAGAACAAAACCCAGCGAGUCUACCAGAGUUUCCGACAUGCGCACUAUUUAAUCAAGCACCAAAUCGACUCAGGAAAGUCCCUCGGUAUCUUCGACAAAGAAUACCAAUUCAAACGACCCGAAUCCGCAGCCACGGGGGGCAAACUGUACUGGAAUCUAGAAGAUGACAAUGCCACCGAAAGCGAUCUCGCAGAGCAAAUGGACUUCCCACUAGUCUCAAUUGCGAUGGCCUACGAUGGGAUCGACGAGCUAGACACGGAUAAGAUAAAACCUCUGAUAGAAGCACUCCCCUUAUUCGAAACAGUCUACCAUUCCCUCGAAGAACGUGACCAGCGCGAUCCUGCGUCGUGGAAACCCACUGCCCGUGGACAAGUGCUGAUGCGCAACGCUACCAAUACCCUCCAGUCUCAUUCUGGUCAUGGGCUUAUGAGAAUUCUGGCUGAAGAGAUGAUGAGACGUUCGGCGGCUGAAGGGUACCGGGGUAUCCAGAUUGAAAGUGUUUCUUAUGCUGUGCAAAAGGUGUGGUCGAACCCGCCGGCUCCGUUCAAGGGGACUAUUAUUGGGCAGUUUCAUACGACCACGUUCGAAGAGAAAGAUGCGUCUGGGGAAGUUUCGUAUCCCUUCCGACCGGCGGAUGUGAAUAUUUCCAAGAUUUUCGUUGACCUUUGA